AUGUCCGUAAUGUACUCAUGGUUCAUCGCAGUAUUGGGCUAUGUGAUACAAACUAAAUGCGUAUCAUUAAUUCAAUCACAAUCGUUUUUGAGUAGUAUCGAUGGGAAGUCCAUCGGAAUCACUUCGAAGGAGCAAAGUACAGGUCUAAUCACAAUAUAUUUGACAUCACUUUAUUUUGUGUCGCUAUUACUACUAUUACCAGUUGCAAGGUUUUAUAUAGAUUUUUCGAAUAGAAACAAAAACCCCUUCGAAGAAUUUGAAGAGGAAGAAUCGUAUGAGUUGAAUCCAGUCACUAGCAGUCGCAGUACAAUCGAUCAGCAUGAUGAAUUAUUACAUACAGGUACCAUUGCCGGUAACGAUAUGAACAAUGAUACAAAGUUAGCUGCUGAUAUUCUUAAAUAUGUCGGAAAAUUAGUAGUAUUGUCCGUUAUUUUGGUAAUACCAGUGUUCACAUAUACGUUGGCUUUGUCACUCUCGCCAGCUUUUGAUGUUGCCUUAAUUCAAAACACAGCUGCUUUUGAAAUUGUCACUUUAUUAUAUGGUGUGUGUGGUAUCUCGAGGAAAAAUUAUAUUUUCAGAAAUUUCUUGGUCAUGAUGUCCUCUUUAAUAGGUAUCCUGAUUAUCUCUUACACAAAGGCAACAUGCGAUUUAUUAGCUGGUAAAUUAUCAGUUAAUCAAGUUACAGGCGAAGUUACAGACCCUUUCUUAUUCGACAGACUCAAAGGGGCUUUAAUCUGUGGGUUAGGCACAUUGCCCGUAGGUUUGUUCGGUGUAUUAUGGAAUCGUUGGUUUAAUAAUAAUGAUGAAAGCACUUUAUCGGCAAAAUAUUUGAAUUUCAAUAUCUUUUCUCGUUGUAGUAACGACACUAAAUCAGAUAAAAAAUUGUUAAUUCAAUGCACACAUCUAUCAUUGAUUGGGUUUAUUGGCACUCUUCUCAUCUUCCCAUUCACUCCAAGUAUUUCACUCUCAAUAAAAAUUGUCUCUCUAUUAUAUGCCGAACAAACUUUCUGGUUAACACUAAUGUGUUCUAUAUUUAUUGGUACAUUGCCACAUCUAUUCUCAAUACUCAAUCUGAAUAGGAAAAAUCCACCUGAAUUUUUAACUACUUGCAAUUUUGGCUCUAUUAUUUUUAUGGGAUUGGCAGAAUGGGUGUGCGAACCAACACAAACAACCAUCGUAAGAUGGGAAGUAAUUGGCUAUAUAAUGCUGUCAUUGGGAUGCAUUUUCUUAUCCGUAACAUUGGUAUAA